AUGUCAGGAGAGGACGACUUUUACCUGUUCCAGAACAUCUCCUCGGUGGGGCCCUGGGACGGGCCUCAGUACCACAUCGCUCCUGCCUGGGCCUUCCACCUCCAGGCAGCCUUCAUGGGCCUAGUCUUCUUCGUGGGGACCCCACUCAACGCCAUGGUGCUGGUGGCCACGCUGCGCUACAAAAAGCUGCGGCAGCCCCUCAACUACAUCCUGGUCAAUAUCUCCCUCGGGGGCUUCCUCUUCUGCACCUUCUCCGUCUUCACCGUCUUCAUCGCCAGCUGUCACGGGUACUUCCUCUUUGGUCGCCAUGUGUGUGCUGUGGAGGCCUUCUUGGGCUCCGUGGCAGGUCUAGUGACAGGAUGGUCACUGGCUUUCUUGGCUUUUGAGCGCUACAUCGUCAUCUGUAAGCCCUUCGGCAACAUCCGCUUCAACUCCCAGCACGCACUGGUAGUCGUCCUAAUGACUUGGACCAUUGGUAUCGGGGUGUCCAUCCCACCCUUCUUUGGCUGGAGCAGGUUCAUCCCUGAGGGCCUGCAGUGCUCCUGUGGCCCGGACUGGUACACUGUGGGCACCAAGUACCGAAGCGAGUACUACACCUGGUUCCUCUUCCUCUUCUGCUUCGUCGUACCCCUCUCCCUCAUCUGCUUCUCCUACUCGCAGCUGCUGAGGACCCUCAGAGCUGUGGCGGCUCAGCAGCAAGAGUCAGCUUCCACCCAGAAGGCUGAGCGGGAGGUCAGCCACAUGGUGGUGGUGAUGGUGGGGUCCUUCUGUCUGUGCUACAUGCCCUACGCCGCCCUGGCCAUGUACAUGGUCAACAACCGGAACCACGGGCUGGACUUGCGGCUCGUCACCAUCCCUGCCUUCUUCUCCAAGAGUUCAUGUGUCUACAAUCCCAUCAUCUACUGCUUCAUGAAUAAGCAGUUCCGGGCUUGCAUUCUGGAGAUGGUGUGCAGGAAGCCCAUGGCAGAUGAUGCGGACACGGCUGGCUCCCAGAGAACUGAAGUUUCUGCCGUCUCUUCUAGCAGAGUUGGCCCGCACUAA